ACGCCGCCCGGCCGGCUUGGCGCUCUUCCGCUCAGUUCUCCCGCGUCACAAAACGCACAGCGUGUAUUACGAAAACUGUGACAACAUACACCAUAAAGAAGUUCUAUAGAAAAAUCGUGAAUGUUGUUUAAAUGUCAUUGAGGACUCUACUUGCACUGUGAUACUUUGAGCAUGAACUGCAAUCUCUUAUUACAAAGUUUCGGGCGUUUGUUUACGUCCAACACUGUGGGGCGGCUAAAAUAGAUUCUUUUAUUAGAUAUCUGCUUUGACCCUGUUAUAAUAAAGAGUGUUGGUGUUGAUGAUGGGAUCGGUAACAAGAGUUGCCGUGUGAGUGAAAGGUGGUGGUGAUGAGUGAUAACGAAUCUCCAGAGAAAGAAAAAUUGACUUUAAUAAUCCCAUCAAUUAGAAGAGAAUCCGAUACGCAAACCGUUGGUCAACUAGUGUUAAAAUCGCCUGAAAUAAGACUAAACGAAACGGAAAUCAUGGACGAAGACAGGCAAAAUAUGUCAAUAAGGAAGAGGAGGAACUUAUCAAAGAAUAGAGGUCAAGCAGCAAGGCAAAGAGAAAAGACACCAGAACCUGGAAGAACCUUAAAGCCUCAUGAAGAUACCCCGACUUCCGACGAUGAAGAAAUCAAGCUACCACGCCCGAACUCAAGAGAGAUUGAAGCUGAUAGUACUUAUGAAGAAAUGAAACGUUUAGUACAAGAAAAAGCUAAUGUAAAAGAUCCUGUGUACGAUUUAGAUACGGAAGAAGUUCUCGAGCAAAGGGCAAUGGCUGCGCAAGAGCGUAGGCGUAGGAGUAUUUCUCCGUUUGCAAUACCAGAUAAAGAAGAACUUGCUAAUCUUUCUAAUCUUUUGGAACGUAAAGGAAGCUUUAUAGAUCCAACUAAUAAACUUUUAUCUACUAAUUACGCUCUGACCCCAAAAGACGUCGAUACUUCACGUCGUAGCUCAUUAACUAUUGAACCACCAAAAGAAGUCAAACAUACUCUCUCUACUCCUUCCCCUGCCAGCAGUUCUCCAAAAGAAAGCCAAUUUCCCUACCCUCCAUCCAAUGCCCCAAAAAAACUUGAAGAAGUCGUUUAUCCCGAUGAAAAGAAAACGGAACAGGGAACUAGGUUACUGAAAACACCUGUGAAAAACGAAGAAGUGUUUACGUUCGACGAUAAAGACACUAAGCCAAUUGCAAAAGCGACUACGCCUAAACCAGAAACGCCAGUCUCACCUGGUGAACUUGUAACAAAAGUAAUACAAAUAGAAAGGACACCUAGUAAGAAAAAUUUGGCAGAGAAGAAACCUAAUGUCGAAGUAAGAGAAAGGAUAGUAAGGACUCCGAGUAGGAGAUUGUCCACAGAUAUCAAACCCAUUAUUGCAAAACCACAACCACAACCGAAACCUAAAGAUGAAUCUCAAAGUAAAGCGCCACCCAUCAAACCGGCUCGCAGCAAAUCUGCUUCAAGAUUUGGGAACAAAACUAGUGAAAGUGAGAUGAGUGAAGAUCAACAUAAUGCCAAAAUAGAAGCGCCAAAACGUAGAGAAAAGCCCGUGCCACGUCGAUACACAAAGAACAAAGCAUCGCCUAAAGUGAAUCGAUCACAAUCGGUGCACCGCACUGAAGAUAUAAGAGUAGUAGAUAAGACUGGAACAGGUAUGAGUCAGACUAGUCGUGAGAUUAUUGAAUUGAUGCAAAAAGCUCGAGCAAGAAGCUUGUCUAUGCCUAAAGAUGAUCCUCGACUUCCACCUGACUACAAGAUGGCCGAUAGAACUUUGAAAACUCCCAAUAAAACUCCAGUUAACCUGAGGCAAUCUAGAUCACGAGGUGUCUCAUGUCCUAAAACGAUUCAAAUUAUUAGUGAAAAGGAAAUCUUAUCUGGUUUAAUCAAAAGUCAAAAGGCUGAUGUCGAUCAACGAAGCCGACAAAGCUCAGGUUAUAUUGACGCAAGUCAGUCUGAAUACACGUCCAGCUGUUAUUCUUCAUCUCCGAGUGAAAACGAGUUUGACUUUGAUUUAUCAGAGCGAACAGCGGAAUUAACACGAAAACUGAAUGUACUAAGCCAAGAAGUUGAUAGACGCGAGAUGAUGACAGGUAUAAUUUUAGGAGCAGAAGAUAGUAAUGUUCCUAGAGGUGCAAAAACGGAACAAAGGUCAGGGUUGAGAAAACGAUCAGUAGCCGAUGCAAAAACAGCUGCUAAGAAAGAAAAAGAGCCCACAUCUGAGAGAAAAGGAAAGAGGAAAUCACUUGAAGAAAAUAAUAAAAAAGUUGUCAGAUCGAGAUGGAAACUGAUUGCUAAUUGGCAGGAAUUUAAGCAAGAACAAAGAAUCCACUGUGAAAAAAUUAGGAACAUGCGAAACAAAUGUGUUUGUGACCUUCUAAUUCUGAUUAUAAUGUGUGGUCUAGGAGGAAUGAUGUUUAAGACUUUGGAGGGGUCAUUCGAGAAUGCGUAUAAGUGUAGUACGAGAAAUGUUAAGAGAGAUUUCAUAGAGAAUCUUUGGCGAGGGAGUCAUAAUCUGCGCGAAGAGGAUUGGAAAUCGAUGGCAAGGAAGAAGUUAUAUGAAUUUGAAGACCAGUUGCAUACUGCCCACGAAGCUGGUGUAACGUCGUACAGCGGUCAACGAUCUUGGAACUUUAUGAACUCUUUCGUCUACUGCUUGACGUUAGUCACAACUGUCGGUUAUGGUCACAUAGCUCCAAAGACAACGUACGGCCGAGUUGCGACGAUAGUGUACGCCACCAUCGGCAUCCCACUGUUCCUGAUCCUCUUGGCUGACUUCGGUAAACUGUUCACCAGAAUUAUCAAAUUCUUUUGGGCUUUCAUCAGAAGGUUCUACUACACAAGGAGUUGCAGGAAAGUUAGAAGAACCGCUCCAGUUCAGGAGGUAAUGAAGGGCCUGAAUAUUGUUUACGAUGUAGUCCGCCGACCAUCGCAGAUAUUCAACGAGGAAGAUAUUGAAGAGAGUCCUGAUGGUACCCAGCCGCCACCGCCAGUCGAGAGAAAACCUAGUGACGUACCACCACCUUUACCACCAAAACCCGGUACAUUAACAAGAGAAAUCGAUAUCGAGACGGACUUAGAAACUCCAGCACCAUCAGUCUUCGAAAUAGAUGAUGAGUUCAACUUACCGAUCUCCGUCGCCGUAUUCAUUCUGCUCGUGUACAUUAAUAUUGGAGCGUUCGUCUACAGUUUAUGGGAAAAGUGGAAUUUCUUUGAGUCGUUUUACUUCAUCUUCAUAUCAAUAUCUACUAUCGGGCUUGGUGAUUUAGUUCCUGACCACCCUAUGUUCAUGAUGGCAUCUAUAUUGUACUUAGUAUUUGGAUUUGCUCUGACAUCUAUGUUUAUUAACGUCGUUCAAGUGAAGCUUUCUAAUACGUUUAAGCAAGCGAGUGCAAAGCUUGGUGCUACUAUUGGUCUGAAGGUUGCUGAAGAGGAUGGCAGUCUUGUGCCCAUAACACCGCCUCCUACAGAAAUUGUGCCUGUACAUAAACCAAAAAUAGAAACAGAUGAAAGCAAAAGCAAAGAAGUUGACGAUAACGAUACUAAAAAUAGAUAAAUAAUAGUAUUUGCAGUAAAAUACGAUACAAUAAUGUUUUAAGUGAAGUCUGACGGUUGAAAAGUGUUCAAUCAAUCAAUGUUAAUGGUCUUUUUGGUUCUGAUUUUCCAUUCUCAAAUGGAGUUCGUGAUACAGUGAGCCAAUGGUACCUAUUACGUAAUAUUAUCAUUGUUGUAAGCUUGGAAAGGUGAUAAUUUGUUACUAAUUAUUUAAAUGUGAUUAAUUAAACCCUAUUUUAAUGUGUUUGUUGCUGUGUGGAUAAAUAAACGAUUUUUUACAUGUUA